UCCAUCUCCUCGGCCUCUUCUAACCUGAUCGACCUCCAUCUUACGAGCUGCCGAUCAAUGGACGCCGACGACUGGGGUCUUGGGGCGGUCGUGAGGAGCUGCGGUGGCGGUGUCGUCCCCGGCUACGAAGCAGAGUCUCCUCGCCGGGAAGUCGUGCGUGCGCGGGAGGAUCCGGCGGAAUUCGUGAGGCGACCGGCGAGGGCGGCGUCCACGCCGUCGUCGCUGUACGACGUGCUGGAGUACCUGGACUUGGAGCACGAGCAGCUGCAACAGCGGGCGCCGUUCUCUAUCACAUCGUCGUCCGGCUGUGAACGGGCGCUGGCGGAGCAGCACGAGGUGCUCAUCUCCUUCCCUGCAGCUGCGGCCUCGACGUCCGGGCAGGCGCUGCCCGCGAGGAAGCAGGCCGGCCGGAAGCCGGGAGGUGCUGGAGCCCUCCGCCGGCCGAAGAGAGGCAAGAGCAAGAAGAGCCAGAUGAAGAAGGUGGUGCGGGAGGUGCCGGUGGCCGAGGGCGGCGUAAACGGCCCCGACGACCAAUGGGCGUGGCGCAAGUACGGCCAGAAGCCCAUCAAGGGCUCCCCCUACCCUAGAGGGUACUACAAGUGCAGCAGCAUGAAGGCGUGCACGGCGCGGAAGCUGGUGGAGCGCAGCCCGGCCAAGCCCGGCGUGCUCGUCGUCACCUACAUCGCCGACCACUGCCACGCCGUGCCCACCAACAUAAGCGCGCUCGCUGGCACCACGCGCCACCCGCCCCAGUCGCCCGCGUCCGACGACACGGCGUUGAACCGCGGGGACGACAGCGCCGACGUCUCGUGGUCCGCCGCUGGCGCGGACGACGAGUCUGAGCUCUGGUCGCCCGUGGACAUGGACGAUUUCUUCGCCUCUUUUGACGACGAUUUUGAUCAUUUCUUCGAGGACGACGCCAUUGGGCGACGGGUCUCGCUGUAGCUAGCUCUAUAAUUAGCAUGCAGUACGAGAAUUGGUUCCACGGUGAUGGAACGAGAGCUCCAAAGUUUUUUCGUAUGGGAGAUGUUCAUGCGUUGCAAAGGGAGGCUCUUACGAAAAUGGCCAUAUAUAGUCUUUGAAGUAAGCAAACGAACAAAUAAUACAUCCUCAAAUUCUUUCAUUACAGUGUGGUUUAUG